CGAGAGGCCGCGCCCUCCCCGGGCCACGCGCGGUGCGGCGUCGAUCGCGGUCCGGGCUGGUUCCGGUGCCGCUCCCGUUCCGGUGCCGGUGCUGCCAUGGUGGGCCCGGGCGCGGCGCCGCUGGAGAAUGCGAACCCCCUCAUCUACCGCCGCUCCGGGGAGCGCCCCGUGACGGCGCGGGAGGAGGAUGACGAGCUGCCCGACGCCAUCGACGACCGAGAGAUCUUCGAUCUCAUCCGCUCCAUCAAUGACCCCGAGCACCCCCUCACCCUGGAGGAGCUGAACGUCGUCGAGCAAGUGCGAGUGAAAGUGAACGAUGCCGAGAGCACGGUGUCGGUGGAGUUCACCCCCACCAUUCCCCAUUGCAGCAUGGCCACCCUCAUCGGCCUCUCCAUAAAGGUCAAACUACUCCGCUCUCUGCCAGAGAGAUUCAAGCUGGAUGUUCAUAUAACGCCAGGAACACAUGCCUCUGAGCACGCAGUUAAUAAACAGCUUGCUGAUAAAGAACGUGUGGCAGCUGCUUUGGAAAACACUCACCUGCUGGAAGUGGUGAAUCAGUGUUUGUCUGUCCGGUCGUAAUUGUCUGAUGAGGCAAUCAUUGGUAUUCUGAYCUGUUCAACUAAUUUUGUAUAUAAGUGGUGAUGUUACAUUAUACAUAGAUAUGUGAGAAAAAUAAAAUCACUUGGAUUCUUGUGAGGAAAUGUUUCUUUGCUCUUUCAAAAGCACUGUGGGGAAUUAACUUACAGACAA